UAUUAGAUAUUUUUAAGGGCCAAGGAAAGGAUAAGCAAACGCAACGGCGGGGCGGGUACAGUGAGAAUUGCUCCGAGAAAAUGGAGGCCAGCUCUGUUCUCAGCUCCUCUUCAGCUUCCUUUAACUUCCGCGAAACCCGUUUCGAUUUCCCAAAGCCCUCCUUUGCUCCUGCUCCUAGCUUUUGUUAUGUUACCUCUCUCCGCAAAUGGCCGCGCCUGCUCUUUUCCUGCCCCUGUCCCAGCACUUCUCCUCUCACAAUUGCUCAGGUUGUUGAGAAUCCUACCUUACACUCUCUUAUUCCUACUUCCAAUUCUAAAGAUAUGCUUCCCAAAAUUGACAAAAGCGGCAGAUUUUGCAGUCCCAGAGCCGCCCGAGAACUGGCUCUGAUGAUUCUGUACGCGGCUUGUUUAGACGGCUCCGACCCAGUUCGCCUUUUUGAGAAACGACUUAAUGCUAGAAGAGAAACUGGGUAUGAGUUUGAUAAGGCGUAUUUGAUGGAAUACAAUCACAUGAGUUUUGGAGGGCCUCCGGUUACAGCGGAGACGCCUGAAGAAGCUGAUGAGAUUUUGCAAAAUGAUCAAAAGGAGUCUGACAUUGAAGCAGAAGUUCUUUCAGCACCACCGAAGUUGGUGUACAGCAAAUUAGUUUUGCGUUUUACACGAAAACUUUUGGUAGCCGUUGCAGAGAAGUGGGAUAGUAAUGUUCUUGCAAUUGAUAAAGUUGCACCUCAUAAUUGGAAGAACGAACCAGCUGGUAGAAUCUUGGAGUUUUCGGUUCUUCACUUGGCAAUGUCGGAAAUGGCAGUGCUUGGGACGAGGCACCAAAUAGUCAUCAAUGAGGCGGUUGACCUUGCAAAGCGGUUCUGUGAUGGGGCAGCGCCUCGCAUAAUAAAUGGCUGUCUGAGGAACUUUCUCAAGGAACUCAAGGAAAAUGGUGAGGCUGAGAAUGUGGAAAUCAAAUAGACAGUCUAAGUAGUUGGUCUGUAAACCAGAAUGCGGGUGGGGUCGAGCUAGAUGUGCAUUGGAGGGUGAUACAUACAGCGAUAUUUAGCAAACAUUAUCUGCCCGGAGCAUGAUUUGAGGGUAUCGAUUGUAGAGCUAAAUUUUGUAGCGGCAAGAAGUGCAGCUAGUAGAUGGUUCAACAUGAUAAGUCAAUGAAGCAAUGUGUAAUUUCUGGGACGACUGGGGCCGUAACUGUAACUCAGAAGUGGAUGUUUGUUAAUUUCCUAACGUCAACAUGGACUAUCACUAUUAUAUUUUAUGUUUAAAUGGAUGAUGGAUGUUUAAAAUUGCUUGAA